UAGCCUUCGGAAUAACCUCAGCGGAUUUAGCAGGGCUGGCAGAGGCUAUAGGACAACCACUGGUGCAGAUUUACUCAUCGUCUGAAACCCAACGGUCUCUAAGAAUUACAGCGAUGAGCAAACAGCCCCUACAAGCUGAUGAUGCCAUAAAAUAUUAAACUGGACUACACAGAUAAGGGUCACAAGACAUGAAACAGCAAUGAAGAAAAGUAUGCACGUUCACACAAGAGGACUGAUGCCUUUGCUGACGGGUUGGAGUGACUGGGAAUGAUGAACAUUAGCAACUGCUCUUCAGUACAGGAGCAGAAGCCAUUUGACACGGGGACAGUAUUGAUUGUGAGCCCUCUUAUUGUCUUGACCUUGUUCACUGCUCUUUUAAACUGCACUGUCAUUCUAGCCAUUUGUACUACCAGGAAACUCCACCUGCCGGCCAACUAUUUAAUAUGCUCAUUGGCGGUCACAGACCUUUUGGUAGCCACAUUGGUGAUGCCACUUAGUAUUCUGUACAUUGCCACAGACACGUGGAUGCUGGGAUAUGUAGUUUGUGAGGCAUGGCUAAGCGUGGACAUGAUCUGCUGCACCUGCUCUAUCCUCCACUUGUGCGCCAUUGCUGUGGACCGUCACUGGUCCAUUACCAGUGCCCUGGAGUACACGUGCAGACGGACAACGCGACUCACCGCUGUCAUGGUGACCAUCGUGUGGACUCUCUCUGUCCUCAUCUCAGUUCCACCAUUGUUUUGGAGAAGUAAUCGCUGUAUCACUCAGUGUACCAUUGAACAUGAUCAUAUUACUUACACAAUUUACUCCACAUUUGGGGCUUUCUACAUCCCCAUGGCUCUUAUCCUUGUACUAUACUGCAGGAUCUUCAUUGCUGCUAAAACCCUCUACCAGAGGAGAGUUGUCACCACAUAUCUGUGUUCUAACGGAGAAAAUCAUGGACAUUACCCUGCUGUUCAGUUUUCCUGUGUGUCCCCGAGGACCACGCCCAAUCCUGGAAAACCAGUAGAGCUUGUGCUCAACAAAGACAGUGACAGCCCUUGCCCAAAUGCGUUUCAGAGGACCCUCGAGGAAGACAAAGAAAGGAGUCAACUGUAUUCCAUUCGAGAGAGGAAAGCGGCCCAAACACUAGGUCUCAUCCUGGGAGCAUUUGUACUCUGUUGGCUGCCUUUCUUUGUGAAAGAGCUGAUGGUUGGUUUUGGGAUUCUCCGGCCGACGCAACACGUGUCCAACUUUCUCACUUGGCUUGGCUACACUAACUCACUCAUUAACCCACUGCUGUAUACAAGCUUUAAUGAUGACUUUAAACAGGCCUUUAAAAGACUGCUGCAAUGCAGGAGGGUAUGACUGAAGUCACAAUUAAUUGUCUAUUGUUGGUGGUUGGUGAAAAUGACGCUAUUUCAGACAUAAGUAUUGUUUAAAAUAUAUAUAUAUAUAUAUAUACAGUACAAUGCAGUAGCCUACCUUAUGCUGACUGA